AUGCAGCUAGGGGGACGUAUCCCAGGGCCUCUGCCUGGGGCCGCUGCUCCUUCCGGCAGUAGUGGCAGUGGCGUGACCUCGAGUGAAGCCCGUGCUCCUACAGAGAUCAAGAAUUCAUUGGAUCCACGGAAGCCGGGGACAAGUGAGUCUCCACAGUGGGGAGUAAAAAGGGCCAGCAGCAUUUUGCUCGAGUUGGAAGCUGGGGAAAGAGAAGCCGAGGAAAAAAAGACCCUCAACUCAAGGCUGUUCGAACUCGGAACGGAACUAAGAAAAGUUAGGCAAGUCAAUAAUAUUUUGGAGGCGGAGAAUGCAGAUCUACGGGAGCGGAUAUUACAUCAAGCGGAGAAAUACCCUGAAGCAGCGGAAAUCCGUGCCCUCGCUCGACGCUACGGACCGGAGUUGGCUAGAAGUAUAAGCCUCUUGAUAGACGAGAACAAAGCACUCAGGCUCAAGCUGCAGUCUUCCAUUCGUGCGCAGGCUCGCCUGCAAGCCACGUCUACACGUUUAGGUGACGCUCUUAGAGAGCACGAAGAACGCGCGUAUGCGAAGGAGCUUGAGGCUGCCGGUAGCAGAGUGGCCCCAGAAGCUGCUGCUAAAGCGCCUCAGUAUGCGCAGAAAGUCAGCACCAUCUCGCCAAGGGCUCCUGAUAUUUCUCUCUGUCGGACGGAAUCUCCAAAUGGUGGAAAUUUCGUUCAGCGAUACUGCGCAUGCUCGGAAAAGCUUCAGGAAAUAUUAGACUGUAUCGACUUCCAAAUAAAGGACUACGAAAGGGGUGUGUGGCAGACGCAAGUUAACGUGCUUGAGGAGGAACGAGAUAAUCUGAUGCUGAAGACGAUCGUGAUGAGACAGCGAUUAGCUGAAGUUCAAGCGAGGAUCGUCUCUGAUCCUUUCCUGGCAGCACGGUUUGGUGGAGCGGGGGCUGCACAGGAGGCGGUCGGACUAGGAAAUGGCAGGAAUGCUAUGACGGAGCUGAGGGACACAAUUGUUCAGCUUGCAACAGCCCAAGACAUCAACGUUGAACUGGAGAGGCGUUUAGCAAGUGAACGAAAUAUAUCUCGCAGUUGGCAGGCCAACUUACGAGCUUUGCAGCGAGAGCUAAGAGACCACCUUUCUGACCUGGCUGUUGCUGCUAGGGCUUCUGGGCUCCGCUGUGACCUGCUUCGGGGAACAAUUGCACAAGCGGGGGAGGCUGCAGCGCUGAGGGAAAUUCAGGGCUUUACAAGGAGCGAAAAGGAGAGUCUGAGGCUUUUACGUCUUGCUAGAGAUAGGAUCGCCGCGGAUGCACACAGAAUUGAGAGCUACUCGAUCCGAGUGCGCGAGUUAGAGCAAGAGGUCGCCGAUCUGCGGUGCGACAUGACACGGCUUGAGAAGGGAGAAAGAGAGGAAUGGGAGGAGGGCGCUCAUAUGCCUGACUGGGAAUACAAAGGCCCUGUUGCACUGACAGGAGGCAGCAUUGUUACUGCUGACACUGACUCUAGGGCUGCAGCAUUGCGUACUGCCAAAGAGCUACUGAUUGGUCGCGCAGAAACACAGAAGGUGAUAGACGCAGUACAAGAUAGGAUAUGCGAGCUACACGAACAAGAAAAGGACCUUCUAGCUAGUGCGGAUGGCUGUCAGCGUGUCAGUAAUUUGCAUCAGGAUGACAGUACUAUCCUGAGUGUGGACCAGCCUGAGGCUGAUAUUGCUCCUCUUGUCGGCCAAAGCGGCCACCAAAAUCCAUAUUCGAAGUUGUACGACGCGCUAACAACAGAUAGAGCACGGGAAGUCUUAAGACGCCUCGUAGUCCUUCGCAGGAUAGCAAGCACUGCCACUGUCUCCGUGGAAGAAGCCCGCAAAGCAGCUGAAUCCACUGGGGAGACAAACUCACACGGCAUAGUUGCGCUGAAGAAAAUCCGCAACGACAUAGACCAGAGAGAGAUUACAUUGCAGCAAGCGGAGGAGGCAAUGCGUGCUCGGUUAGCACUUCGUCGGGCUGAAGCUGAGCAUAAGAAAAAGCUGCGAAAGAAGGAAGAAGAAUUCGAGGAACAGAGGCGGAAGGAUUCCAUAGAAGCUCGUGAAGAGUUGUUGAAGCAGCAACGAGAGUAUGAGCAGCAGCUUGAAAAGGAAAGAGACCGGUGUGAGUCUCUAAGGAAAGAAAUAGAAUUGCAAGCUAUGGAGCUAGACCUUCAACGCCAGCUUGCAGAGGAAAGGAUACGAGAGCGAUCACGACAACAAAACUCGGAAUUGGAAGAUGAGCUCCAUAAGCUUCGUAAAGAGCACAGGGAACUAGAAUUUGAAGUGCAGCGAGUCAAAGCGGAAGCAGCGAGAGAGACACUGGCUCUCAAGUCUGCAGCAACAGAAGAAAGGUCUACUUUAUCUGCUGCUGUCCAAGCUGCUGAAAGAAAGGCAAAAGUCGCUCUGGAUCUAGUGAAAGAGAAGGAACAAGAGCUCAAGGAUAUGGAGAACAGGCUCAAGCAGUCCCUUGGGAGCAAUCACACUUCACCUUCAUUGCCACCUCCUCUCGCCGAAAAGAAAGGCUCCAAAGCUGCCCUCAAGAAACUUCAGGCCGUAGCGCAGAAAGUGGCAAUGGGGCAAACAUUCACAAGGCUUGCAAGAAACAAGCGCUCGAAAACAAUCACUCCUGGUGCUUCCAAACCAAAUCGCUCUGUAGGAGGUGGAAAUCAGUUGGGAAAGGCAGGACCAGCAGUUCUUUCCCCCAGGUCAUCCUUCAAAGAAUUUGUCCUUGGGAAGUACACAUCACUUGCUAGCGCCUUUAGGCACAUGGACGUUGACCAUUCUGGCAUUGUCAAGCUCAGUGAGUUCGCCAACUUUGUCGACGACUUGGGCAUGAAUUUACCAUUUAGCGAUACGCAUGAUCUUUACAAUACUCUUUCUGCCCCUUGCGACGGCAUGCUGGUGCUCAGCAACUUCUACAAAAAUCUUCUAGAGGCUUUCACCUCCAUACCCAGUGCCAGAUCUUACAAAAUAUUUGGAGACGUAGAACAGCCAUUCAAUGACGCGAAAAUCCCUCCAGAUGGGCGUGUGACCAAGGAGCAGUUUGUCACAAUUGCUGGAGAAGCUGGAAUCAUCCUGUCCUGCGCCAACGCUCUUUGGAGAGAUAUGGAUAGAUCUAACCGUGGCAGUUUGCAACGGGAGAACGUUUUGCUUUUGCUUGAAGACAACGUCGACCGGGAAGAAGUAGAGCGAGUAGAGCAGGACGCAACUAACUUGCUAAGUAAUGUGCUGAAUGUGUUCUCGGGUACAACGAAAGCUCCAAAGCCAGAAGCAAAAAUUUGCAGGCGUUCUUCUUUCAAGAAGCUCACCUAUACGGCUGCUCGCCAGGCCCUCGGCUUCACCCCUAGUGAAGCGCAGGUUGAUGCUGUAUUGGCUGACUCGCCUCCGUGGGAUUGUAUGUACCCAGAGGAUCGCAAGGCAAUGAUCGCAGACAUGAAGCCGCGCACCGUAGGAAAGGGCCAGCUCAUUCAAGCGGAAGAAGACCACAAUUGUCCGCUGUAUGUCAUUCUCAAAGGAUCAGUUGACAUAUUCCAGCCGGGUUUCAUACAAUACAGACUCCUCGAGAACAUCUCUGCACCGUGCCUGCUCUACUCGGAAGAAAUAAUGGAAGGCAUGCCAAACGCAACUUGUGCCAAAGCAGACCAAGCAGAAGAUGUGUUUUUGUACUCUCUUGACAGGAGCGUUUUUGAGAGAUCUUACGAACGGCUGGCUGUUCAAAGGCAGCGUGAAGUGGAGGACUACCAAAAAUUACUCCGGAAAGUACCAGUUGUCAAUAAGCUUGCUCCUGAGUUGCUAAGGUGCCUCGCUGCAGGUGAAACGGCAAGCCGCGUACUGAUGGUUAAAGAUGGAGAAGCUGCCGCAGUCGGAUUCGCGGAUAUAGAUGACGAAGUAGAGAUCCGUGUUUUCCGGUCCCUUGACUUUUUUGGUGAUAUUACUACGGUCAAGGGCCGGUCUCAUACUGCAUCUGUCAGAGCUCGAACUGACUGCACUGUCCUGUCCAUUGACAGCGACGUAUUUUAUAGUGUCUUACGCAAGUUGGAAAUGGAGUUUCGGAGGCGUAGUGGACGUUCUGCGACGGUGGACUGCAGCAUCAUGAAUUUGCACAGUCGUGCUGGCCACGUGAAUGCGUUGGAGGACGAUCCAAAUUCUCGAAGUCCCUCAGAAGCCUUGGAGGAAGACUUAGGAGGAGACAAACCUUCCCUUGGUGAGAGCCUUGAGAGCUCUCAGAUAACCUCUACAGCACUGGCUAUUCCGACACAGGAGGAGACGCUUGCCAUUCCGACGCAAGAGAAGACGCUUGUCGAUCAUGAUCUCAUUGAAAGACUACUACAGGAGGACACUGAAAGGACAAGGGAAGAAUGCAACUUGCUUCUAGAAGGACUUCCAGUGCUGAAAGACCUGCCGAAAGAGCGUAGGCAUGAGAUAUGCAAUCGCAUGAGCCUGGAAAUAUACAGCCCACACCAAGCAAUUGUACUGCAGGGCGAAGCUCCUGACAAAUUCUAUGUUUUGGAAUCUGGAACAGUUUCCACUGAGAUUUAUUUAGGUUGCGGCAAGAUGCAAAAGAUAUCCGAAAUGACAUCUGGGUCAUUUUUUGGAGAAAUGUCCAUCCUCCAACACGAGCCGAGGACUGCUUAUGUCAUUGCCCUAACGCCUGUCUACGUGUACGCCCUGAAGGCCGCAGACUUCGAAGAGCUGUUGGGUGACAUGCACGUUGCUUUUUUGGAGCAUGCUAAGUCAAUGUAUAGCCAGAAACUUGUAAAGAGAAUAAUUGCGAAGGAAGAAAGCACCCCGUUGAGCGAGGAGGAGGUGCCUCAAGUGGUGCAGCUCCUUUCUGGUGUCCCUGUCAUCAACUUGCUGAGCGUCGAACAACUUCAGGGCCUAGCACGCGCAUUCAAGGUCGAGGAAGUAAGGGAACGUGAAAUAAUUAUGCAUGAGGGCGAUCCCGCAGACAAGUUCUACAUUGUACUUGAGGGGAUGGCUUCUAUUCAGAAGUCACCUGAGCCCGGCAAGCCACGGAAGGAAAUUGCAGUGGUGAAAGCAGGAGAUUAUUUAGGAGAAAUCGGUUUUAUUAAUAACCAACCUCGGACUGCUAGCUGCGUGGCGAAAACAAAGGUCAAGUUGCUGUAUUUGGGCCGCGCUGAGUUUGAUAAACAUUUGGGUCACCUUGCAGACGCAUUUUUACAAAAGGCGGAGAGCACAUACUCGACGCCGGAGGUAGAUAUGCCGGCAUGGCUUCUCAGCGCAAAGGCACAAGGUGCCUUUUACACUCCCAGUUCCAUUAAAGAUUCACCAGAGGAGCCAGAUGAGGCAAUCAGCACAGGAAGCUUGACGAGAACGUCGGAUGAAGCGGAGGCGAAAGCAUACAAGGAGAAGAAAGAGAAGAAGAAGUCUUCAGAUAGCUCGCACAAAACAGACAGUGAACAUAGUGGCGGAAGCCACGUUGAUGAAGAGAAGAAGAAGAAGAAAAAGAAAAAACCCGGCGGCAAAGAAGUGUCUAAGGACAAAGACAAGGCACUAACCAUGACAAGCUCCGGGGCUCCUGUAUCCAUCACAGCAGGCGACCUCGAUCGUCUUAGGGAGCUUGUUGUCGGCACAUUUAAGAACAAAUAUGGGUCACUUGCUCACGCAUUUGCAGAGAUGGAUGUGAACAAGAGCGACAUUGUGGAUGCAGAUGAAUUCUACGCGUUCACUAAAAAGAGCAAUAUUCGAGGGUUUCAAAAACAAGAAAUUGAUGCUCUCUUCGACGAGUUGUGCCGCCCAAUCAAGGGCCGCCUUGUAGUGGGCAACCUAUAUCGUAACGCGAGAGGAGUGGAGCCCAGUGGAGCAGAAAUCCAUCUUCGAGCCGUUGAGAUAUAUGGAUCUGCCUUGAAUGCUUUUUCGAAGAUUGCAAGCAUUGAAGGGAAGGACUUAUGCACAAGGGAGAACUUCACGAGCUUGAGUGCAAACGUUGGAGUUGAUAGUGACAAGGCUGAGAGCAUCUGGGAUGAAUAUACCAAGGGGGUCCACUCCUCAGACGACCGCAUUACUUUGUCUACGCUCAUUGGGCUCAUGUCAGGUAAGAUAAAUUUGCGGAAUAGCUCAUUGCUAUGCCAUCUGACGGACACACCUGAAAUCCAUUCAUGUUCGGACAUAAACGUUUCGUGGGGAGGAGGAGGGGUGCUCUGUUCUGCCCACCUAUACCUUGUAAUAUACCUUGUAACAACUACUACAUGCCUCAUAAAUUUUGGCUCUCCUAGUUGCGCAAAUCACGCGUGUGGUUUUGAACUCGCGGAAAGUUAUUUCAGCCCUCUGGUGGUGGCGAGCUCACAGAGCAGGCCAUAG